AUGCUAAUUUAAAAAGGAAUUUAAAUUUUGUUAGAUAAUCCUAAUGAAAUUGUACCAAGUGAAGAUUUGUAAAUUUGUAAAGAUCACUAAUCAUUUUUUAAGAAAAUAUGUGCAUUUUGUUCAUUUUCAAAAGAGCCUGAAGAAUUUUACUGUAAAAUAAAAUUAGAGAAACCUUUAAAUUUCUUUAUAUUUGAUAUUUAGGAAAAAAAAUAGUUUGAUAUUGCAUUAUUCAAUGCAGGAAUAUCAAGUUAUGAUUAAUUAAUACAUAAGAAUGAAAUCUAAAACUUAAAAUAACAAGGCAAUAACCCUAAAGAUAUUGCUAUUAAAUUAGGAUUAUAUACAUAAUAAGAUAUUGAUGAAUUAAUUCUUGAAGCAAUUGGUGAAGGAUUAGAAAAUAAUGAAUAAUUCUCUAUCACUAUAGAUUUUUGGGAAAAGAGCAAAACCACAACAUAUCUAAAAAGAGCAAUAUAAAUAUUAGAAAAUUUAAAUUUACAGAAUUCUAUUAUAAUAUUUCCAUCAAAUAAGGCUAACAUCGUAAAGCUUCCAGAAGAAGAUUAAAUGAAUGCUUAAAAAUUCUUAGCAUCAGAUGAUGUAAUAAAUUAACAAGCAACUGCAUUAAAAAUGGAUGUUAUAGAUAUGAUAAGAAAAAGUUAUUUUCCUGAGUAUAAAGAUGUUUAAAUUAAGAGAAUAUUGAACAAUUUAAUAAAACCUCUUCAAGCUAUACCUUUCUCUGGUGAAAUUGUAUAUUUUUCUGAUAAUCAUACAGAUUUAUAAUAAUUUGCUAAUAAAUUCGGUAAAUAAAUGAGCAAAGUUAAUAUUUAUUGUGAUGCAAAUGAUAUACCCAAAUAUUAUAAUAUUGGAGGAUUAACAGGAGGUUAAGUUUUAAAAAUGUCUUCAGAUGAAAAAAGAUAAAUCACACAUAGAAUUAAAGCCUUUAUUUCCAAUAACUAUAUAUUUACUGAAACUUAAUCAAGUGUCUUAGAAAAAUCAUACACUGAAAUUAAUUUACCUAUUGAAUUAGAUUUUAAAUUAAUAGACCCUAAUGAUGAUCAUAAUUAAACUGGGUCUAUUUAAGUUAUAUUCCAAGAUGAAAAUGGAUGUUUUGUUUAAUAAUUAAGUAUCAAAAGUCAUGAUGUCAAUGAUAUGCAUGAACCAAGUGUGUCAUUAAGUGUAUAAACAAUGAAUUUAACAGAAUUACCUAAAGAAUGAGAAAUAUUAUAUUUUACAUAUAAAG